GCAAGUAAUGAAUAACGGCGGAACAAAGCAGCAGCAGAAGCUCGAAGAGGAGCAAAGGAGGAGACGAAGCUCUGCUUAACGAAGAAAGAAGAAAGACGAAGAAGUAGAAGAAGAAUGAGCAAUAAUCUCAACUCAGUGUUCUACGCUGAGUCGUACCACCCCAUUCAAGCUGGGAGCAUCGACGGCACCGACAUCCUCCCCCACGACAACGCCGUCUAUCGCGCCCACCUCUGCUCCUCCGCCGGCCUCUAUGACCCGCUCGGCGAUCCCAAGGUGAUCGGAGACCCUUACUGCACUCUCUUCGUCGGGCGCCUCUCCCAUUUCACGACGGAAGGCACUCUGCGCGAGGCUAUGAGCAAAUAUGGCCGAGUGAAAAAUCUAAGAUUGGUGAGGCACAUUGUGACCGGAGCCUCAAGAGGUUAUGCUUUUGUUGAAUUCGAAACUGAAAGAGAAAUGAGACGUGCAUAUAAGGAUGCUCACCAUUCCUUUAUUGAUGACUCUGAAAUUAUAGUCGAUUACAACAGACAACAGCUAAUGCCUGGAUGGAUACCUAGAAGGUUAGGAGGUGGCCUUGGUGGUAAGAAAGAAUCAGGUCAGCUUCGAUUUGGAGGGCGAGAGAGACCAUUUCGAGCUCCCCUUCGGCCUAUACCAUAUGAUGAAUUGAAAAGGCUGGGCAUUCCGCCUCCACCGGAAGGGAGAUACAUGUCACGAUUUCAGGUUCCAUCACCCCCGAGAAGAGAGAAGAGCUCCCCGGACCUGGAAAGAGGCUCUCGUAGAAGCUCAAAGGACCGGGCAGAUGGCAUCCAUAGAAGGAGCUCCACAGAUGAUGAUGCAGGUCUUGAGGAGGAAUAUCAGUGUCACCAAAGGAACUCCUACAGUGAGACCCCAAUCCAAACGGAAGAUAGAUACGAUAGUUAUGAGACUAGGGAGGAUCGCAAGCACAGAAGCUCAAGAGAUAAGGAUCACAGGUCGCAUCAUAGGAGGAGGUCUACUGAUGAGGAAGAACCUGACUCUAAGAGAAGCAGAAGAAGCUCGAGAGACAGGAAAGAGCACUCUCACGAGCAUCGAAGCAAGAGACAUCGACACAGAGAUUAGGAAACCAAAAGUUGGGACCAUCCUUCUGAUUACUGAGAUUUUCCAAGGUAUGCUCAUUCCUUUUUCUUCUUGUUUAUGGGAGGAGAGUUGUUGUGCGUGCUUCAUUCUAUGAGAUCCGAUAGUUUGUUCCAUGCAAAAAUUGGGAAAACUCAUAUAGGAAGCGGCUUCGGGCAGUGUCUUUAUAUUUUUGCGGAGGAAGAGCAGGAGAGCUGUUUUCAUGUUCACCAGUUGAAAUGAUGAAUGAAAUUAUUAUUUCUCCAUA